ACAUUCAAUUCACUUUUCUCUGCAAGCAGGAAUCAUUUUCAAAGAAGCACUCGGUGGAGAAUAAUCUGUUAAACUGUGAUCUCCCCCUGAAAUUCUUUUUAAACUUAGGUCAUUUGUGCGAAUUUACUGCAAAGCAACGAUGGCUCUCAAUAAACUCAGCAUCGAGAAUGUUGAUUUGAAGGGCAAACGAGUUUUUAUGCGUGUGGAUUUCAAUGUCCCUAUCAAAGAGGGAAAGAUCACUAGCAACCAGCGUAUCGUAGCUGCCCUGGACAGUAUUAAAUAUGCCUUGGAAAAGGGUGCCAAGUCCGUUGUCCUUGCCUCCCACCUUGGACGUCCGGACGGCAACAAGAAUGCCAAAUACACCCUAGCCCCGGUGGCCGAGGAGAUGAAGAAGCUGUUGGGUCGUGAUGUGACCUUCCUUAACGACUGUAUCGGUGCUGAGGUUGAAGCCGCAUGCAAAGACCCUGCACCGGGUUCGAUCAUUUUGUUGGAGAAUGUCCGAUUCUACGUUGAAGAGGAGGGCAAGGGCGUUGACGCCUCCGGCAAUAAGGUUAAGGCUGAUAAGGACAAGGUCAAGGCUUUCCGCGAAAGUCUUGCCAAAUUGGGAGAUGUGUAUGUCAACGAUGCUUUCGGAACUGCUCAUCGUGCGCAUAGUUCCAUGAUGGGUGAGGGAUACGCCCAGCGUGCUGCUGGUUUGUUGUUGAACAAGGAAUUGCGUUACUUCUCGCAAGCUCUGGAUAACCCGCCACGACCAUUCCUUGCCAUUCUGGGUGGAGCUAAGGUUGCUGACAAAAUCCAGCUCAUUGAAAAUCUCCUGGACAAGGUGAACGAAAUGAUCAUUGGAGGUGGAAUGGCAUUUACGUUCCUUAAGGUAUUGAACAAUAUGGAAAUUGGAGGAUCAUUGUUCGACGAGGAGGGUUCAAAGAUCGUUCAGAAGCUGGUAGACAAAGCCAAGGCCAACAACGUGCAACUGCAUUUACCAGUGGAUUUCGUAACUGGUGAUAAAUUUGCCGAAGAUGCUGCCGUUGGAGCUGCUACCGUCGAGAGCGGAAUUCCCGCUGGACACAUGGGUCUCGACGUUGGACCCAAGUCUCGUGAAGCAUUCGCUGCUCCGAUUGCCCGCUCCAAGAUCAUUGUUUGGAACGGUCCACCCGGCGUUUUUGAGUUCCCCAAUUUCGCCAACGGAACGAAAGCUCUUAUGGAUGCCGUUGUCGCUGCAACAAAGGCAGGCACUGUAUCUAUUAUUGGCGGUGGAGAUACCGCUUCGUGUUGCGCCAAGUGGGGAACAGAAUCUCAGGUAUCACACGUUUCUACUGGUGGUGGAGCGUCUUUGGAACUGUUGGAAGGCAAGGUUCUACCUGGUGUCGACGCCUUGAGCAGCGCUUAAAUAAUCGAAAACAUGUUCCAGCAUAAGAGUUAUUUAGCUGAUGUUCCGAGCUGGCUUAUCUAAUCACUAAAGUUUAAGCUUUGUUAGAGUCAAAAAGAAAGUCGAAACUCGUCAUAAAAUAAUCAAUGUGCACCUAGCGCUAAGAUGUAAGUGUAGACUACACCAUGUGCUGUUAUCAGGAGAGAAAAUAAAAGUCAUGUGUUACGUAUUAGAGAUGAA